GGCCAAGCAUGGAAGACGCACACGAAGCCGACACUGCACACGCAAACGAGCAGGGUAUGCUCGAGCACAUACCCCAAUCACCGCCCCAAGAUGUGCGAAUUAUAGCAGUUCCACCCAUUGAAAAUUGCGACACCAUUUUCCCUCGUCCGAAUCCACAGCGCUCGCCGAAUCUACAGUUCAUGUCCCUUAACGAGGGAAUACAUGAUAUUGAACAUCAUGGAUAUGCUCCAGUUAGAACUGAUGUGGGCGUGUCCACUUCCAGCCCCUCUCCACACACUGCACAAUAUCAUCAAUAUCUGCCACAGCAGUCCCAACUCGGUGGAAUGAUACAUGGAAUGCCGCUGUCGCCGGAUAGCACGCUAAGACCGAUAUUGUCGAAGCUGGAGUCUCCGAGGAUACAGACUCCGCGCUCGCCAUCUCAAUACAUGGCGAUAGGUCAUUCAAAGAUGCGAAAUGAAGAUCAAGGAUGGCUAGACCGUACUCAUGAAAAUCGGCCAUUUAUUGACUCUCGCGACCAGUUCGUGCUAGUGAACCGGACGACUCCGAAGCAUCAACAAGAGGAGGCUCGAGAACCCCAGAUCAAUGUGUGGACUCCUGAAAGCCCGCGAUGCUCGGAUUCCACGCUGUUGACCGGAAAUCAAUGGCUAAAAGCCCGCGAAUAUAGACGGCAAGUCCACGAGCUGCCUCAAAUACACCCUCAUGCAGACUCUACAAUCCAAGACGUGGAGCAAAACGCCGAAUUCCGGAUCGGCCAGCUAGUUCUAGCUAUGGCAAACAUAAAAGACGUAAAAGACAGAGAAGGCUCACACUCACUGAAAAUGUUUCUGCCCGAAGCCUAUGACCCUCUCCUCCUAGAAGCCACAUCCCGCGAAGUCUUCUCCGCCCUCCUCGACCGCUGCAAGCACGGCUUUCGCGGUCCCGCGCAUUUCAACAAAGCACUGAGCCCGAGGAAGGGCCUAGAAGCAGAUAAGACCGCGACGUGUGAAGAGCGACUGCAGAAUAUCAUUCACGCGCUGAUGCGGAGCAAGCUAGUUUGCAAGGAUGUGUUGUACGAGGAUUGGAAGAUCAUGCUCCUGGUGAAUCAUCCGCUGGCGUAUGAUAAGGAGAAGGACUGGCAGAAGGGGUCGAAUGAUCAAAGGAGGAUGAGACUACUGCAAGAAAGGGCGAAGUUUAAGCAGACUGAGGAUGAACUGCGCGCGUAUAGGCAGGCUAAUCCGAGGAGGUUUAUGCCGGGGCCGGGAGGGGAUGGAAAUAGGAUGAGGUAUCUUCAGCCUGAGAGGUGGCCACAAGAAAUGCUUUUGGAGAGGGAGGAGGAGGAGGUAGUGGCGGACGCCAAUGCUGCUUUUGCCCAAGGCGGUAAUAAGCGGCAACGAUUUGAGGUUGAUGAUGCCGCUGAUGUGAAGCGUCAGAGGUUGGCAUUGUAG